ACACUUAACGACACCAUUUACGACAGUGUCAUGGCGGCGCAGGGAGUCAGUUUUGAGAGCUCGAGCUACAUCGAGGAAAGAAAGGAUAGUAAACGACAGGCACGAGAAGAGGCGGUAGAAAAAGCCAAGCAGCAGUAUGAGAAGGGAGAGAGGAAGAAGGAGCUGAAGAGGCAGAGAGGCGAAGAUACUUGGAUGCUCCCUGAGAUCAACCAGAGGCUGCAGGACAUAGAGGAAGAAGGCUCUGUAAUAAGCAAGAAGAAGAAAGAGAAGAAAUCUAAAAAGAAAAAGAAGAAGGCCAAAAAAGAGAAGAAGACAACAGCAGAAGAUGGCUGUAAUGACAGCUCAGAGGAGUCAGGGGAUGAGUGGGUUGAGGCAAAAACAAAAGUUGCUAAAGCCUGGCAGGUUCCUGAUGAGUCCAAGCCUUCAGAGAGCAACCUCAACCCAGCACAGAAUGUCGAGAGAGACGAAUGGAUGACCUUUGACUUCCUGGCGAUGAGCACCACGUCCACAACAGAGAAGAGGGCUGAGAAAGAGCGACUGAAAGAGGAGGAGAGAGCAAAGACUCAGGCCAUUGAACAGUCUGAUUGGCACAAAUUGGAGCUAAACCCGUACUGGAAAGACGGUGGAAGUGGUCUGCCCCCAGAGAAGAUGACUGAUACUGCAGCUAAGAAAGUAGGGACAGUUGUGAAUGAUGCUGGUCUUAGCUGGCUGAGAAAGAGCUACCAAAGGAUGAAGGAGCAGGCGGAGAGGCAGCAGCGCAGCCUCAACGAUGUGGUGGCCGAGAGAUACGGAUCAUUGGAGGAAUUUCAGCAAAGACUUGCAGAUGCUGAGAAAGCUGUGUACGGUCAGAGCCGAGGUGAAGGAGACAGAAGAGCGAGAGGCGGGUGGAGGAAAGGCGAGAACGAUGCCAGAGAGAGAUGGAGGAGAAAAGAUGGAGAUGGGGCAGAGAGAGAUCGUUGGAGAAGAAAUGAAAGGGGAAGAGAUUCAUCACCUACAGACGGAGAGAGAUACAAUGCUGGGAGAGGGGAGGAGAGGGGAGGAUAUCGAGGUGGAGAGCAAGAGAGAGGUCGAUACGGAGACCGGUUUAGAGAAAGGGAGAGGGAUGGAGGAGGAGACGGGGAGAGAGAUGGAGGAAGAGACGGAGAAAGAGAUGAUGAAAGAGACAGUGAAAGUGAUAGUGACAGAGAUAGGGAUAAUGAAAGAGAAAGUGCUGCAUCAUCAUUUGGGCAAAAGAGUCAACGUUCUCCCUCUCUCGGGUCACUGAAAAGCUGCUUCCUCAAACCCUCAGAGGAUUAUGACCAUGGUGAAGCUCCACAGCGUCGCCGUCCUCCAGCACGGCCUACCACAAGAUUCCUGAAACCCAGCUCUGACGAUGAAGACUCUGGUCCACGUAAUAGCAACAUGCCGGCCUGGAAGAAGAGCAGCAAUCCUGCUCGGGAAUCUGUCAGCUUUGAAAAACCACAGCAGGAGAAAGAGAGGGAUCCCGUGAAAACUGUAACUGCUCCUCAAGAGGGUCCGCAUGGUGAUACAACCGUCGUGACGACAUCAAGGAGUGACAGUGAGGAAGGGGAGGAGGAAGAGGAGGAGCUUCCACUGCUGUCAGAGGAGGAGAUGAAUAAACUGGGAGCCAAACUGGUGAAGGCAGAGAUUAUGGGCAACACUGCCGUGGUUGAGAGGUUGAAAUCACAGCUGGACGCAGCACACAAAGCCAAAGAGAACUACGCCGCCCGAAAGAAGCUCCAGGAAACGGCUAAAUUAAAGCAGCUCACAGGUCACACCAGUGAAGACCGGGAAGUGCUGCUGUUCAGAACAGACCAUUCAGGUCGCGCCUGGCCAGUCAAUGACCCCUCUGGACCCCAAGAACCCCACGGAGGUCGACGCAAGAAGAAAGCGAUUGAGACUCAUGUUGACGGGGAGCGUGUGCGCUACUUCCAGGACGAUGACAACGUGGGUCUAAAGGAGAUGGUGAGGAGGGAGAAGAUGAGCUCUGCACAGGAUCAGAACGCCCUCUACUCUCGCAUGGCUUCCAAGAUGAUGGGCAAGACAGACGGUGACAACUACACUCUGGAUGACAUGUUUGUGUCAAGUGCAGCGCAGCGGGAGGGCGAGGGGAAGGAGGAGGACAGGAUGAGGAGCAGAGCCAUCGGGGAGAGUAGGAGGCUGGCUGCCUCCAUGGAGAAAUGCCGGCAGUGCUUCAGCAGCCAAGAGCUCCAGAAGCACCUCAUAGUGGCAAUAGGGAGCAAGGUUUACUUGAGCCUGCCUGCGGGAAUAUCGAUGACAGAGGGCCACUGUCGAAUCUGUCCACUCCAGCAUCACUGCUCUGCCACCGGAUUGGAUGAGGACGUGUGGUCAGAAAUACAGCUGUUCCGGCGUACAUUGGUGCGAAUGUUUGAGUCCCAGGAGAUGGACUGUGUGUUCAUGGAGACGCACAUGAACUUACGCAAAAGACAACACAUGGCCCUCGAGUGUCUCCCACUGCCCCGAGAACUGGGCGAUAUGGCACCCAUAUACUUUAAGAAAGCUAUCAUUGAUUGUGAUGAGGAAUGGGCCAUGAACAAGAAGGUCGUCGACCUCUCUUCGAAAGACAUCCGCCACGCUGUUCCUCGAGGUCUGCCCUAUUUUGCUGUAGACUUUGGACUCCAGGGAGGGUUUGCGCACGUCAUUGAAAAUGAACAAAAAUUCCCCCAUUACUUUGGCAAGGAAGUGGUCGGAGGCAUGAUGGACUUGGAGCCACGACGUUGGAGAAAGUUGAUCAGAGAGAACUUUGAUGACCAGAGAAAGAAAGUCCUCCAGUUUGCACAGUGGUGGAAACCGUACGACUGCACCAAGACCGAGGGCUAGCUAGACGCACUCUCAGAAACGUAUACAAACACACUGUGCUGCAGUUACUGUUGCACCUACUUAUUCAGAAUUUGAUGUUUCUUAAAAUUCCUACUAGAUGGUUUUAAUCAAAUAAAAGAAAGAAUGAAACAACCUUGA